AUGGUUGUACCCCUCCCCACUCCUACACAAAGACAAAUGUGGAGCAGGAAGAAAAGACGCUUCUUUUCAGACGGUUUAGGCUGCGGCACCAGCGUGAGGGACGCUGCUCGGCGAGGCCGGGACCCAGCACCCGGAACUGCAGUGGCAGCCUGCAGACGGGACUCCAGUCGGAGUCCUCGUGGCCGCUCCGGCCCUGCCCGGAGCUCACGCCUCUUCCUGGGGAGGCACAGAAUGAGAAGCACCAGGCAGCCAGCUCGGGCCGCAGUUCAACCAGAGGCCGACCGUGUCCGGUUCCCAGAGCCGUCACAAUCUGCAGGGGCGGUGCCCGUCCACAGAGGAGUGCGGUCAUGCCAGGCUGGUCCCGAGGCCCUCCAGCCCUCCUGGUGGAGUGGGGCCAUGCGCCGGGGAGGGAGGCUGCAGGGCAGGAUGCGUGGCGUCCACACCAGCUUGGGAACAUCCUUGGGGAACCGCAUCGUGCCUCAACUUGAACACAUUCAUUCUCACUGCAAACAAGCAGAGAACUGUCUUCUUGAGGCUGUCCCAAAGCUGUCGCCUGUCCCCCCUGGGAUCCAGGGGGCUCGCGGCUCUGCCCUUUCUUCCUUCUUGUUGAGGCAAAGCCUCUAUUAA